AAGGUGAGCAGGAAGGAGGAGGCAAUAGCAGGGCAGAGGACAGGGGGAGGGCCUUUGGGGAGGGGACCUCUGGUGCGGCUCCCAUCCCUUCCCUGGAGAGCAGGCGGCCAGACAGACGCCCAGGUCAGUCCUCUGAGUUCAGUUCUUGGCCCCUGACCCUUGCAGGUGCCUGCAUGUGGCUCUUCUGGCUCUGACCACUUAGCCCCUCCGUGUCACAUCCGUUCCUUAGUCUUUCUUGGUGUUUACAUCUCCUGCCUCUCCUAUCUGCUGCCUUUUUCUCCCUCGUCUUUUUGACCCUCAGAGGGUCUCCCGGAGCACUAAACGCUUACUCUCCUAAGUAUCUUUCAUCGUCCUAGGUCUCAUUUCAUUGAAGCCGUUUGUCUCCUUCUCUCAAGGUUUCUCUGGCUCUCAGGGCUUAUCCCUCUUUUCCUUUGUGUCUGAGCGUCUCUCUCUUGUUACUCUCUCUGUCUGGAGACGUGUGUCGUUUUUCUGUGUCUUUGCAUGUCUCUUUCUUCCUAUUAUCUCCGCCAUCCUGAUCUCUCUGCUCUGCCUUAUUUCCCCCAAAAGCCCUUAUCAUCCAACACACGAUAUUUUACUUUAUCUUGUUUUUCUGUCUUCUGAUUAGACUAUAGACUCCGUGAAAGCAGGGAUUUUUGUCUGAUUUGUUCCAUGCUGUGUUUGCUGGGCCUGGCACUGACUGGCACGUAGAGGGUACUGGAGGCUGGACCAGGAGCUGACCUGGAGCUGGGGCCACAGGCCUAGGAGUGCCCUGGACAGGGCCGAGGCCAUGGCCCCGCCACCAUCCCCACCAUUGGCUGCCAGCACCCCGGUCCUGCAUGGCGAAUUUGGCUCCUACCCAGCCCGAGGCCCACGCUUCGCCCUCACUCUCACACCACAGGCCCUGCACGUGCAGCGGCUGCGCCCGAAGCCUGAAGCCAGGCCCCGGGGUGGCCUGGUCCUGCUGGCCGAGGUCUCGGGCUGCUGCACCCUGCGGAGCCGCAGCGCCUCCGACUCAGCAGCUUACUUCCGCAUCUACACCUACCCGAGGGGCCGGCGCGGGGGCCGCCGCAGAGCCACGCGCACCUUCCGUGCGGAUGGCGCAGCCACCUACGAGGGGAACCGUGCUGAGGCCCAGCGCUGGGCCACCGCCCUCACGUGCCUGCUGCGGGGACUGCCGCUGCCUGGGGACGGCGAAAUCACCGCCCAGCUUUUGCCAAGGCCGCCCCGAUUGCUCCUCCUGAUCAAUCCCUUUGGGGGGCGGGGCCUGGCCUGGCAGUGGUGUAAGAACUACGUGCUGCCGAUGAUCUCUGAAGCUGGGCUGUCCUUCAACCUCAUCCAGACAGAACGACAGAACCACGCUCGGGAGCUUGUCCAGGGGCUGAGCCUGAGGGAGUGGGAUGCCAUCGUCACGGUCUCGGGAGAUGGGCUGCUGUAUGAGGUGCUGAACGGACUCCUAGAACGCCCCGACUGGGAAGAGGCUGUGAAGAUGCCCGUGGGCAUCCUCCCCUGUGGCUCGGGCAACGCGCUGGCUGGAGCCGUGAACCAGCUUGGGGGGUUUGAGCCGGCCCUAGGCAUUGACCUGCUGCUCAACUGCUCCCUGCUGCUCUGCCGGGGUGGUGGCCGCCCGCUGGACCUGAUGUCUGUGACGCUGGCCUCCGGGUCCCGCUGUUUCUCCUUCCUGUCUGUGGCCUGGGGCUUUGUGUCAGAUGUGGACAUCCAGAGCGAGCGCUUCAGGGCCUUGGGCAGUGCCCGCUUCACUCUGGGCACGGUUCUGGGCCUCGCCACACUGCAUACCUACUGCGGACGCCUCUCCUACCUCCCUGCCACUGUGGAACCUGCCUCGCCCACCCCUGCCCAUGGCCUGCCCCGGGCCAAGUCAGAGCUGACCCUGGUUCCGGCUCCAGUCCCACCCAUGGCCCACUCACCCCUGCAUCGCUCUGUGUCUGACCUGCCCCUGCCCCUUCCUCAGCCUGCCCUGGCCUCCCCUGGCUCACCCGAACCACUGCCCAUCCUGGCCCUCAACGGUGGGGGCCCAGAGCUGGCUGCGGACUGGGGUGGGGCUGGGGAUGUUCCACUGUCCCCAGACCCACUGCUGCCCUCGCCCCCUGGCUCUCCCAAGGCCGCUCUACUGUCGCCCAUCACCGAGGGGUCCCCGGAAAUGCCAGCAUCCUCCGGGCUCUUGCCUCCCACCCUUGACGGUGACCCGGUAGCCAUCUCUACUGGGGGCCCACCAGACCACCUGCUUCCUCCUCUGGGCACCCCACUGCCCCCAGGCUGGGUGACGCUGGAGGGGGACUUUGUGCUCAUGUUGGCCAUCUCACCCAGCCAUCUGGGUGCCGACCUGGUGGCAGCUCCCCACGCGCGCUUUGACGACGGCCUGGUGCACCUGUGCUGGGUGCGCAGUGGCAUCUCGCGGGCUACGCUGCUGCGCCUUUUCCUGGCCAUGGAAAGGGGUAGCCACUUCAGCCUGGGCUGCCCGCAGCUGGGCUAUGCCGCGGCCCGUGCCUUCCGCCUCGAGCCGCUCACGCCUCGCGGAGUGCUCACGGUGGACGGGGAGCAGGUGGAGUACGGGCCGCUGCAGGCGCAGAUGCAUCCGGGCCUCGGGACCCUAAUCACGGGUCCUCCGGGCUGCCCUGGGCGGAAUCCCUGAACCUAACGAAGCUUGGAGCCCGCCAGGGGCGGGGCCUACAUUCCAAGGGGCGGGGCACGGCUGCUAGAGUUAGGGGGCAGUCCUCACGUGCAGGGACGUUAACCCUGUCUCAGGAUUGCGCCCGUCCCCCAGAGGGUCAGAGGUGAUGCUGGAGGGUUCCCCGACUUCAGAGGAUGGAGACCGUCGGGGUCCCAGAUAAGUGGGCUUCCCUGGAAGGUAGAGUGCCUGACCAAUGAGGAGGGGGCUCAGUCCUGACCCUCGCUGAAGGCCGGGUCGGCUGAGGGCGGAGCUGCAUUAACGCGUCGUCCAGUGACGGGACCUGGAACGUACGGGCUGGGAGAGGACUUAAUUGGCCAGUCAGAGCCGGGUGCUCGCCCUGGCCGUUCCGGUGCCUCCACUUAACUGGCCAGUCGGCCCAGGCGGGGCAGGUUUCCCCGGCCGACGCUCGGAUUUGCACUAAAGUUCCCCCUCCCCCGCCCCGCGGGUGUGGGCGGGGAAGUUCAUUUCCGUCCUCCGUCUCCAGUGCGUCCCCGAACCCCGAUCUUCAAAGCAAUUGAAAAGGUCUAUGCAAUAAAGGCAGUCGCUUCAUUCCUCA